AGUGAAUCCUGACAACCAAGGUAGCUUCCAAGUGUACUGUGACAUGACAACUGACGGUGGGGGGUGGACUGUGUUUCAACGUCGUAAAGACGGAUCGGUCGAUUUUUAUCUCAAUUGGCAGCAAUACAAAACAGGUUUUGGAAACCUGAAUGGCGAGUUUUGGUUGGGUAACGAUUACAUCCAUCGACUGACAGCAAGAACACCAUCAAGUCUUCGCGUGGAAAUCGAGCACUGGGAUGGAACUCAGAUCUACGCCAAAUAUGGUAGCUUUAGUGUAGGUGAUGAGUCAGACAAGUACAGGUUGAGGGUUGGCGGGUAUUCGGGUACAGCUGGAGACUCGUUAGCAUGGCAUAACAACUGGGCUUUUACCACCAAAGAUAGAGAUAACGAUGGUCAUAGAGGUAAUUGUGCAGUUGAGCGUACCGGUGCGUGGUGGUAUUAUCACUGUGCAGAAUCUAAUCUAAAUGGAAAGUAUUUAGGAAACAUAGUUAAGGCGGGUGGCUUAGAGUGGCAAAAAUACAAAAGUGACUAUCAGUCUUUUAAAGCAAGUGAAAUGAAGCUUCGACCACAAAACCAUAAAUAAUUAAUUAUUAGAUCAUUGUCAUGGAGUGAUAGACACUGAAUCUUUUACAUCCUGCUUGAUGUCCAAUGCAUUGUGGGAUUAGUUUCUAGAGAAAAAAGAAAUCCGCCAUGUUCUAUCCCAAUCCUGCAAUGCAUUGUGGAUGCGGUAUACGUACGUAACGUAAAAGCUUCAGAGAUUGACUAUUGAUAUAUAACGUGCGCUCUGAUGAUGUCCUUAUGUCAGAGCUCAAUAAAAAUAAAACUUGCUAUAAUCUUUUUUUGAAUAAGAAAUAGAGAAAUGUAGAAAAGAAGUUUAUCCAUAUUAUCAAAUGCAACGUAUGUUUAUUCGUUAUGCAAUCGAUUUUUUUUUUUAUUAAUAUCAUUAAGGUGAUUUUGUGACUGAUAUUUUAGUUUAGGGCAAAGGAAACUCGCGACACUAAAACAAACUGCAUAAGACUGAUAAGAGCGUAAAUGUAUUGUAUACAAGUAGGGCAAUUGGGAAAGAAAGCAAGUUAUUUUUCCUUUUUUCAUGUAACUUGAUGAAACUAGUCAAAAUAAUUUGUAAUAAUUAAAUAUAUAUGUGAUUGAGAGUGAUUAAACGUUUUUUAAAUUUU